UCCCCUCCAGCGAUGAUGAUGAUGAUGAUGAUGAGUGACAAAGAAGCGGCUGCUCCGCGCUCCAGGAAACACCGGCUGAUGGCAGCUCUCGGCUCCGGGGAGGAGAGUCCCUCGGCCGGCUCCGCCCGCCUGCACUGCUUCAUCUGCGGCGGCUGCAUCAGCGCCGGCCGGGAGCAGCGGCUCCAAGUGCGGGCAGCGGGCUGCCCGGAGUCGCCCUACUUCCCGUUCCUGCUGCAGCAGGAGCCCGCUCCCGGAGCGCGGCCGGUCACCGCUGAGGGCUGGGUGCAGGUCUGCUCGGUGUGCCGCUGCUUCCUGGGCGAGCAGUGGGAGUCCUUCGAGCGCUCCCGCACCCCGGUCGACAAGCGCAUGUACUGGCUCAAGAGACCGCACCAGUGCGACAGCCGCGCCGCGCCCCAGGAGUGGAACCCCAGCUACCAGCCCGAAGCCUGCAGCGCGGCGCACGGCAGCAAGGAGGCGCCCGACACCUCUGUCUCCUCCCUGUCUGACCAGGAGCUCACUGACCAGGAGCUGGAGGAGACCAGCCCUCCUGGCACCGUCGCCCCCUCCACCCGGGCAGGGCAACCCCCCUCGCCCGCCGACCCCCCCUGGGACGGGCGCCGGACCCCACCGGGGGAGGGAGGAGCGGGGCGCACCGACCCCGGGGACGGGCUCCCCGGACCGCAGGACUCAGUCGGCGCCGCCUCCAGGUCCGGGGUUGCCCCCCGCCGCCCGGCCUGCUUCGUGUGCGGCGGCGCGCUCCCCCGGGACGCCCGGCACCGGGUCCACGUCCAGAAGCAGGAGGGCGCCCCCAGCGAGAGACCCUUCUUCCCCUUCCUGUGGCUCCACAGCCCGCCGCCUGGCGCGUGCCCCCUGAGCCCUGGGGGCAGCACCCUGGUGUGCACCUUCUGCCACACGUCGCUCAUGCAGCAGUGGAGGGGCUUCGAGUUGGCCAACGUGCCCGUCCUGCAGAGGCUCUACGUGGUGCCCUUGAACACCGGUGUCUUGGGCACGGCACCAAGAAGCCCCCCAGGCGAGAAGCAGCCCACUGCCGGUAGGAAGACACCAGGACAGGAGUGCUACCUGUGCGGCCAGGACUGUACCAGAGAUGCCAAGGCUAUCCUGUCCAGGAGCAUCAACGAUGGUGGUGGUAGCAGUGCCCGGGAUGGCCCCAUGUACUUUCCAUUCAUUCGCCUCCUGCCACAUCCCCCGCACUCCCCAGCGAUGAGUGAGAGCGGGGAGGUCCGAUGCUGCAAGGACUGCCAUGUUGUGUUGAAGGACAUGUGGGGGGUCUACACCGCGACGGGGCGGGAGGAGCUGAUCUCGAGCACCCAGGCCUUUCUCGCCCGGUACCUGCAGAUGAACGGCUCCGCUGUCCACUCCUGCCCUAACCCGGUGAGCUGCCAGACCCUGAGGGGGGCACGGGUGACAGUCUGCCUGCUGUGCGGAGUGGAGCUGGAAUCGGGCCGGGAGUUCCAGCUGAACGUCGAUCCUCCGGGCCGCCACAGCCAACGCGAGCCCUUCUUCCCUUUCCUGGCUAGCCGCCCACGCGCCACCCCAGUCCGGCCCGUUGACUCGACCGGCCCGGCGUCUGCCUGCGUCUUAUGUUACCAUGACCUCCUUGAGCAGUGGUGGAGGGGGAAGAACACUCAACAUCCCAGCAGCCCCUGGUCCCGGCAGUACAAGGUGGACACCUUUGUCUGCUUCUUCUGCAGGCAGGAGAGAAAGCGUCACCUCGGUCUGAAAGCCAUCACAGUAAACCGACUCCCUGUUUUCCUCCACGCUCCUCGAGUGGCCGAAACUCUCAUGGUGGACGAUGGCGAGCAGUUGACAAUCGGAACAUGUGAGGAUUGCAGGGCUAUGGUACUGGCUGGAAGCAACUUCAAACAAGGAAUGCACACAGAUUCAUUGUCACCGCCCAGUCACGUGAAGGACUCGCCUCUGCCACUUCACCUUUCCAGUUUGAACAAGAAGCAGGGCACGUGGAGCUCUCCUCCAGGCAGAGGGGAGACUUCAGAGGGGAUUAAGCAAGUCAGCCCGGACGCCAUCCCAACGGCCUCGCCUCGGCCAGCAGUGGAUGUGGGGAGUGUGGACCACAAAACCACAAGCAUGAGCCAUGAGCCAAAGUCACCUUCACUGGGAAUGAUCUCGACUGCGACUCGGACGACGGCCACCGUAAGCCCCCUCAACCCAUCCUCCCUCAAUGGCUCCAUAGUGCCCAAUGGCAGCCCAGCAGCUAACAGCACCUUGUCGGUACCGUCAGCGCAUUCUGCCAGCUUUGCAGCCGCACUCCGCAAACUCGCCAAACAAGCAGAAGAGCCCAGAGGUUCCUCAAUAAGCAGUGAGUCCUCACCGGUUUCUUCCCCAGCAACCAACCACAGCUCUCCUGCCAGUACACCGAAAAGAGGCCCAAUUGGACCCAUCCUUGUCCCGACAGCUGGUCACAGCGUUCCCAGUACACCCCCCGUGGUGACCAUUGCGCCAACUAAGACUGUUAAUGGACUUUGGCGGAGUGAAAGCAGGCAGCCAGAACCAGUGUCCAGGGGCCCCAGCAGAGAGCGAAUGCACACAGAGUCACAGCACCAGUCAGAGAAGGGAGCUCCAUCAAUCACGUCUCAUCUGCUGGGCACCCCUUAUGCGUUUGGCCUCACUCACAGCACGGUGGUUCAGGAUUCCCGAUUCCCUCCUCUCAAUCUGCAGCGACCCAUUCCUCAUGUGGUCACACCAGGGGGCGUGCAAGAAGAAUAUCUCCGCAGCUUCAGGCCGUAUCACACCGGCGAGGAGCUCCGCAUGCCUUCGCUGCCGCCAAUGGGCCUUGAGGCAGCUGCGACUGCCUACUACCACUCCAGCUAUCUCACACAUCACCCAUUCCCUCACCCAGCUUUUCGAGUGGAUGAUUCAUACUGUCUUUCAGCAUUGAGGUCACCUUUCUACCCGAUUGCAAGCCCUGCCUCCCUACCUCCCCUUCACCCUUCUGCCAUGCACCUGCACCUGCCUGGAAUGAGGUUCCCAGCAGAGCUGUCUCAUUCUUCACUGACUGCCCUACAGUCAGAGCGUCUGUCAGAGAGGCUCCAAAUGGACGAAGAGAUCCGUCGAGAAAGAGAACGGGAGAGAGAGCGGGAAAAGGAGCGGGAACGGGAAGCAGAGCGCGAGAAGGAGAGGGAACGCGAGCAAGAGAGGGAGAAGGAGCUGGAAAGAGAGAAAGAGAAGGAGCGAGAGAGGGAGCGUGAGCGGGAGAUGGAAAGAGAUCGGGAAAGGAACAGGGAAAAGGAAAUGAAUGCAGCAAAAGCAAUGGAAAACCAUUACUUACACAUGCCAGAGCUGCACAGUCUGCGAGGCCAACAGCUGGACGAUAGAGUGAAGACUGCAGAGAGACUAACACCAAACCGACCAGAUAAGCCCAAGGAUUUUGCACUGACGUGCCCCAAAGCAGUCCAUCCAAACCUGCACCAGUCUUCCAUCCCGCACCAUUCUGUCCCCACUCUUAUCUCCAACCAUAACAGUUUUGUCCCACCCGGAAGCAGCUCAGCCAUGCUGCUGCAGAGGAACAAUGAAGAAGAGAAAUGGAUGGCCAAACAGCGGCAACUGCGGCAAGAGAAGGAGGACCGGCAGUACCAAGUGUCCGAGUUUCGGCAGCAGGUACUUGAGCAGCACUUGGACAUUGGCCGACCAGGCUCACAGAAUGAGGUGGAGCACAGGGACUCUGUCAGAUCUGGACAUGGUCACCAUGAGCUGUGUGGCAGAGAGCAACCCCAGCAACUAGGAGCUCCGCCCCCACUCAUUUCCCCCAAACCCCAGCACAAGGAGCACCAUUCCAACCCGGCCGUCCUCUGGAACCCAGUGACCCUGAUGGAUAAUCACGCUGAGUCCCGGAAGAGCCACGAUCACCACGUGCUGAACAACUAUGCCGGCCACUACGACAUGCACCGGCAGACAGGCCCACCAAUCAAGAUGGAGAAGAUCCACAGCCAUGAGGAGAGCACCAAGAGGCGAGAGUGCCCUGAGAAGUAUCAGCCGUCACGGGGCCCAGUCUCCCUGGAGCAUGCCUCGCACUCUCACUCUUACGGCCCUCCGUUUGCGGAGCUGGAGAAAUCUGCCCAGUCCAUCCUUAACCAGCAGCGGAUGUCCAUGCCCUUCCUCGGGCCGUGCAGCGACAUGAGCUUAUUGCACAAGUCAGCUUCCCCCUAUAGACAGCCCCUGAGCCUACCGAGAGCCCCAGGGCCUAUGUAUGUCUAUGACGAACUCCUACAGCGCCACAGGAGGCUGAUAAGCAAGCUGGACCUUGAAGAGAAGAAGCGGAAAGAGGCAAAAGAGAAAGGUUAUUACUAUGACUUUGAUGACUCGUAUGAUGAAAGUGAUGAAGAGGAAGUUCGAGCACAUCUCCGGCGAGUCGCUGAACAGCCACCUCUGAAACUUGACGAUUCAUCUGAGAAACUGGACUUCCUGCAAGUCUUCAGCCUGACCACCCAGGCCCGGAGGGAGGAGUUGUUGAAGCAGAAACGACGCAAGAGGCGCCGGAUGUUGAUGGAGCGGAGUCCUUCACCGCCUCCGGUCUCAACCAAGCGGCAGGCCCCCUCACCGCGGCCCCUGCCCACCAACAAGUACAGCGCCGACGAAAUGAACAGCACUCCCGACCUCGCCGAGAAGAAGAGAUUCCUGACGUCUUUUAGCCUCGCUCACAUACUCCCGGAGAAAAGAAAAGGUAAAGAAAAGGAGACCCUGAUAGAAAUGAUCCAUUCCGUAAAACAGAAGACCCAGCCUUCAGAAGCACCUUUUAAAUACCUCUCCCCUCCAUCGUGUAGCAGUCCCAGCUCAUCUCAGACUGUGGGCGCAGCCGAGUCUUCCACCUCUGCCGAAUCCGAUAGGCCGCCAAGCGCCACCCCUGCUGUGCCGGAACUCCGGAAGAGUGCAGAGCCAGCGAAAGCCUCAGAGGCUACGUCAAAGCCUAAGGAGCCAGGCCCUCACAAUGACAAGACUAGGCCUGUCGAGGGGCCUGUUGGGAAUAGGACAGUAAGCGUGCUCACAAACACCACAGCUGCCCUCCAGAAAGACAAUCCUGGCACCGGGCACAGCCUGAACGAGAAAAGGAAGCCCUGGGAGGUGUUCAUGGCUGAGGACUUUGCCCAGCAGUUUCACGAGUCUGUGCUGCAGUCCACACAGCGAGCAUUGCAGAAGCACAAAGGUACCACGGCGACACUAACUGCAGAACAGAAUCACAAGCUCGAUGCCUCUGUCCGCUACAACAUUCCAGAGAUGGACUCUGCCAGCCGAGCUGAGUUUACACACCAGAACGGGCAGCACAGUGCCACCCAGACCCGGAAAGGGAUGGCAUACGAGCGUGAGGAGGAAACUGACAAUGAAGAUGAAGAGGAGGAAGAGGAGGAAUCGCGACCUUUCCAUUCAAAGUGGCAGGGCAUUGAAGCUGUCUUUGAGGCUUACCAGGAAUAUGUGGAAGAACAAAAUAUUGAGAGGCAGAUUCUGCAGGCCCAGUGCCGACGUCUAGAAACAUUUCACUAUAACCUUAGCCUGACUGCAGAACAGCUAUCCCUCAGUAUGUCGGAACUACUGGCUCAGAAGCAGAAAGUUGCCUCUGAAAGGGAAAGACUCCAAUCCGAGCUGGACCAUUUAAGAAAGUGCCUUGCACUCCCAACCAUGCACUGGUCUCGAAGCUAUUUCAAGUCCUACCCAAGGUGACAUCCCUGUUAGCUCAGCCACAGCAAAGAGAAACUAUUUUGUUAUCCUGGUAUUUAAUAUUCCCAUUGGAAUUGAUACUCUAGGCAAGACCUAAGGAAACGUGCCACAUAUGAAGCAAAGGGUCGAAGGAUAAACGACCUGUUUGAAUGAACAUUGCAAUGCAACUGUAAUGAGACUUCUGGAUCUAUUUUUACAUAAAUUUGCUUAAGGAAACCUUUUUUUUCCAGCCUGUUUGAUCUCAUCAUCAUUAUUCUAUCCCUCUUUUUCUGGUUAAAAGGACAAGUCAGUUUGCUUUUGAGAGCACGGGGUUCGGAGACCUCAUUCUGAGCUCCCAGAGCCGACACUAACCUAUUCAGUGUACACAUUGACUCCUUUGGUCAAGUGGCCUACUAUAGCAGCGUGGACAGCACAUCAGAUUCAGUCAGACUUCUCGCCUGGAUGUUUCUUGCCCGAAAGUAAAGAAGCAGAAGAACCCAAUCCGUUGGAAGAUGCUGCGAGUGCUGACCCCAUGAGAAUGAAGGACCUUGGCUCUCCACCUCCCCUCACAGGAUUCCCCUUCCAUCAAUCCAUCUGCCAAAAUCCUUUGAAAUCUCUUCUCGUUCCCCCAUUCCCAGACCUACUCCCACCCGUCCCUCAAUUAAAAAGCAUCUGAAAUAUUGGCUGUCCCUCACAACCCUUGUAGUGCAGCUGAACCAGGCCACAAUAGGACAGUUCAAGACUCGCUCAGAUAAUGAGGCUUUUUUUAAAAAAACACGAAAAAUGCACUUAAGGCGAUUGAAGGUACCUUGAACUAGAAUCUUCUAAAUCACAAGAGAUGCAUGUUACAAAGCUGAGUGUAUGCAUUAAAAAAAAGUAGAAAGAUGGGAGCCUGAAGGGCAGGGUUUUUUUUAAUUAAAAAAGUAAAUAAAAAGGAUUUUUUCACACAAGAGGUGCUUUGCCUUGUACUGUAUAUAAAUGAAAACAGAUUUUGUAUGUUUUUAUUACUUUAAUUAUUGUUAUUAAAGCUUGCCAUUUUUAAUAUGUUUCUGCUUUGGCAAAUAUCUUGCUUUUAGUGUUCGUACUGCUGCUGGUCAGGACAAAAAAAAUUUAAAUGUUUUUAAAAGGAAAUCCGAAAGAGAAAGAAAGCGAGCUGGUUUUCACUGGUGCAUGCUCUGUUACUCUAGUUUUCAUGUGGCACCAGUUUAAGAUUUCUGUACAGGAGGAUUCAAAGCCUCUACAUCCUGCCACCCCACCCCCCCACCCCCAAUCAUCCUGCCUCCCCACCCCACUUCCCCUCCCCCCUCCCCUUCCUCCCUGUUAUUUAUGUGUGCUCAGCACAGGUGAGCACUGUUAGUGAUGUGUGGCUGUAUCAGCUGCUUUAUCUGUCCUCCUGUUGUACUGUAAUAUUUCAUACAUAAUUUGCACUCGCCUAUAGUGGGCACUCAAUCUCUUUCACAUCAAAAAAAAAGUUCCCUUUGCGCUUGGAGAGUUAGCACUCAUUAAAAUCGGAAGACAUAUACAUGUUUUUGAACUUGCCCCCUUUUGAGGUGCACUCGUGAAAAAGCCGAUAUGGGUCUCCCUGUCUAAUGGUCCCUUUUUGUAUAAGAGAAAUAACUUGUUCAUUUUUCCUCUCUUUUUGUAUCUGCACGGCACUGUCACACAUGGUAGAAUGGACUGAGGGAUUGUCCACUUUUGACAGUUGAUGAGUGACUGUUAUGUCUGGCAAUGGAAGAGUUAAAUAUGCAUUUUCUAAUUCCCCCAGCCACUUCACUGGGCCUGUACUCGUUUAGAAUGGUACUGAGUUGGGAGAAUGAUGUUCUGUGGGAUAGUGCAGGAUAAUGUGACUCAUUGUAACUGUAAUCUCCAAAUUCCCCCUUGGUGCAAGGUCAGGGAAGACUACAGCCAUGACAAUCCCAUCAGAAACCCUCUCUGGAAACUCGUAAAACACAGACAUUAGUUACGACACCCUGGAGAGAGAGGAGAAUGAACGCAUUUCUGUGCCCAUUAGCAUUCUGUGAUACAUUUGUUUGAAUCUUUCUCCCGUGCAAAAUAUAAACAGUCUUGCUCUUUGUAAUCAAGAGCCUUGCUUCCUGGAUGUGCACGUAAAAUUAAAAGGAUGAAAAAUGCUAACAUAUUUGUUACCAUUCAUUCAAAACCCGUGACCCUGCAAGUGAGCCUUCUUUUCAGUGGAGAUUCCAGGCUUUAGUCCCUUGUAAGUGGGACUUUCUGCAGUCUUUCUCACAGGUUAGCUUCUUGGAAACUAUAUACAUUAGAAAGCCUGACAUUAUGGAUAUCCGUGCCCCUUUGUGCGAGGACAAGUGUGUUCUCCCACUUCUCGUCUCGAAUUGUCACUCAACUUAAAAAGGUUCCAUGCCAUUUUACCAAGUGCCGUGCUGCAGGAUUUAUUUUGUUGGAAACAGAGAUAAUGGGAGUGCUUAACCCACUGCUGACCCAUGGUUUGAUUUAUCCGAUUUUCUUUGUAAAUUGCUUGCAACUGUUACAUGGCAUUUUGCAUUUCCCAAACCUUCCCAUGUAGACAACACAUAAAGGGGGAGGAGGAGACUGUUAGUGCAACCUUUCCUCCGCAUCACCCCCAUUCCCGUCACCUUUUUUCCCCAGUAGUUGUCGUACCUUGAUUAAUGGAGUGCAGCCAACAAUCCAUUGGGUGCUGUGCUUUAGUAAGUAUGAAUCACUAAGAGGUUAAAGAAGGCAAGACUCACUUCCUGGGAGACUUCAGAGGAAUUUCAUUUGAGUGUUGAGUGCAAGGCUAAUUGUGCCUGGAAGUGCUGUUGCCAAUCACUUGGAGGCUCAAUCAGAUUGCAGCUCUUCCUAAAUGGGUUUUGUGCCAUAUUGUGAACCAUUGGUGUAUUUACAAAGAGAGACAGCCCUCCACUGCAGAGAGUCCCAGCUCUCAAUGUUGCAAUGUCACCAGAUUAUCUUUUGUUCAUCAGGCUUUACCCACUUGAAAAGAUAAAAGUGUGCCCAUUUCACCACAUAGCGUAGCUGUGGGGUGGUGCCUGUUGAAUGUGUUACAGAGCCUUCCGCAUUAGAAACAUUGUCUCGCCUGAAGCUGUGCAUCAAUGUUAUCCUGGUUUGGAGGGAAAUCAGCCUCGGUUCCUGCCCCUGCUCCCUCUCAGAUUAGAGUGCAUCUGUGCAUGGUUGUUGAGCAAGGAUACUUUCAAAAAUAGAAACUGAGCCCCCACAAUGUAAAAUACUCUUCUGAUGUGCACUACCACACAGGAAGACAAACUUGAGUGAAGUACUGGACGGUGGCUGGGAACCCAUGGGACCAGAACCUAACAAAUCAGUGCUUCUGGAAUCUAGCAAGAAAGGGCAAGGAUACUUACAAUCCAUUCUCAGUGCUUACCUACUUGAAGUCUAGUUGGUGUUAAUAUUCUGCAGUGCUGUAGGUAAUUAGUUUUCCUUCUACUGACUGACAUAUUGUGGGGUGGUGGGCAGGGGUUGAAAGCAGGAAUUAUAUGGUGAAUAGAAAGGGUUUCCUUUACGUCCUUUAUACUGUACAACAAAGAUAUAUGCUACCCACACACUCUAUCUACGAGAUUCACUACAACAAUUCCCCUAUCUGCAAACUCAUUCCCAGGUACUCCAUUUAUUCGAUGACUCAGAUAGACAUCUUACCAACUGUGUCUUCAGUCAAUCUUACUGUUGACCAGGGCUUUGUUGAUGACACUGUCACUGUUCUGCACAGCCCCAUUAAAUAUAACUGAUGAUAUCAACAAGCUGGUUUCUCUCUUGUUGUGAUUUAUCAUCAACCAUUUACCUUGGGUGCCAAAUCACCAAUAAGCCCACAUACAGAAACUGCCAUCAUUGUCAGUUUUGCUAAAUUAUGAUAGGAGAUAUGCUUAAUAGAAGUCAUUUCAUGACAUUGUCGUACUGGUUAUAUUUAACAUGGCAUAUGUACGAUUGUAAUACACAAUUCAGCCUCGUUCUAAUACUUGAAGAUGCCACCAACAACCUAUUGUUUGCUGUGUCUUUCAGCCUGCAUUUAUUUAACUGAUACCUUGGACCAGGUACUAGCCAUUGGGUAUUCCAUUUGAUAACUGAGUCCUGCAAAGCUUGUCCUUCCACCAAGAGUCCUCUGACCUGACUGGAAUUUCCAAUGACUUCUUUUCUAAUGACUCUACCUUGACCAAUCUAUGUUAACUUGGCAGACUGUACCUCUGUAAAUCUUUGCUGUUGUUUCCCAAACUAUUGAACAAUAAGAAACUGGUCAGUACUACAGGUAAACCCAGUGAGUGAACAGUGUCCAGAAGGCUUUCAACUCAUACCAAAUACAACUAAAACAAAUUUGGAAAUUACUUUGUCUCCCAAUGACUGAUUUAAUUUUUUAAGAAAGUUGUGCACAUCUCUCCAAUUAGGAAACGCAGAAGUCAGUAUUUGACAUAUGUGACUGCUAUUGGUGAACAAACUCUGCACGGGCACGCACUUGAGAAGGUUAACAUGUAUCCCAUUAACAGCAUCCUUGAUGAUAAAGUAUUCUUGACUAGGGAGCACACAAUGGACUUUACAUUCAACAGUGAGUGCAUUGGUGUGCAUAACUCUUAUUGGAGCUGUCCAGUUUAUUUGGGUUUUUGAAGUGAAGUGCAACAGUCUGACCUGGCAACAGAAUCCUUAUACUAUAACAGUUAUAAACAUACAGGCUGAGAACUAAAACAACGUGCCUCUUUAACAUGGGGAAACUCAAGGAUCUGUUUGCAAAUUUGAUUUCUGAGGGAAAAACAGGUGUGUUUUGCAAGAAUCUGCAACUUGUCCAGUAUUAUUGAGAAUGUGAUGCCAUCUACCUUUGAUGAGAUUGCACAGAUGCCACCUUUAGUUGGAAUUGGUGUUGGUUGUACCACUGUUCAUAGGAGUGAGCACUUGAUGAGGGAAUCGGGUCAAAUAUAAUUCCAUUCCCACCUCAUUGUGAGAAACCCAACGACAGGGGUGCGAUUAUCUGUGAGGUCAAGAUGAAGUCACGUGAUUUUGUUAGUCCAAAGAAGAAUAUCAGUGUUUCUUCGGAGCUUAAGUCAAAAAGCAGGCAGUUCCAGAUGGUUCUUUAAUUCUAUCUGUCUUGAGUGCCACCACAGAGCCUUGUUGAGACCAUUUGUGAUAUUUAUUCUGAGAAUUAAUCCAGAACUUAAUGAAGUGCCCUAAAAAAAACUAAUGCCAAUGGUAGCGGGUGGAUGCCCCCUCACACUCGGACUGAUGAAGCAAUGUUUUGUCGUACAGCAUUAUAUUUCCCCCCGCCCCACCCUACCUUUUGUACUUAAUGUAGGUCACGAGUAGCCAUGAUGAAUACCAAAGGAUAGCGGAAAUGCCAGUAUCCAGGCCACGAGAAGUCACCUGCUGCAGCAAAUCACUUGCUGCCCUUACUUCAGCCACAAACCUGACAAGACUAGUGCUCAAAUGCAAAAGAGUUAACAAACAAUAGUGCAUUCCUUGUAGCCAUGAUCCCCAUUUCGCAGUCAACAGGCCUGUUGCUAAUAACCUACUUCCCUAUGUCGUACACCUGCUUUUCACAAGCAGAGCUGCCUUUAUAGGCCAUUGCAACUAUAAAUCUGCCACUGGUUAGAUUGGAUUAUAGCUCUGCACUUCUGUUACAGCCUAUGCACAUUCAGUGUAUCAUUUUCUUUUGAGGGAGGAAGAUGAGACCUCCAUUAUAAUGGGGGGUGGGGUGGUUGAUGCUGUGAAAAUUAUGUUUUAACUGUAUUGUUUGGAUUUAUUGUAAUGUAAUAUAUUUGUUGAAUGUAGUAAUUAGGUAUUUAUGAAUAUAUUGCUGUAAUUUCUGACAAAAAUCACAAAAAUAAAAUCAUGUACAGAGUGA